AUGUCCUAUAAUGGAGGAGCUGUCAUGACCAUGAAGGGAAAGAACUGUGUGGCCAUCGCUGCACACAGGCAUUUCUGGAUCCAGGCCCACAUGGUGAACACAGACUUCCAGCAGAUCUUCCCCAUGGAUGACAGGCUCUACAUAGGCUUGGUAGGGCUGGUCACCAACCUCCAGACAGAUGCCCAGCUCCUCAAGUUCUGGCUGAACUUCUACAAGCUGAAGGAAGGUAGGCAGAUCAAGCCUUACGCCCUCAUGAGCACGAACCUCACUGGCUACCCCAUGGUGACUGAUGACUUAGUCAGUGGUACCCGCUCUGAAUAAAUGUAUGGGAUGUGUGAGUCUUUCCAGGAGACGAACAUGGAUCCAGAACACCUGUUUGAAGCCACUUCCCAGGCUAUUCUGAGUGCUGUGGACUGGGACACGGUAUCAGGCAUGGCCGUCAUUGUCCACAUCUUUGAAAAAGACAAGGUCACCACCAGGACCCUGAAAGCCCGGAUGGACUAA